AUGGCAACUCCGGUUUCAACAGCAAAACAAGUGAUAUAUUGUGGAAGUAAGGAUUCAUACCUUUUAUCAUUUUGGAGGCCUUCGAUGAAUCUUAAUGUUUCUCGACUUAACGCUACUGUUUGUUCGUUGCCACCAGAGUAUUGCGAAUUUGGGCCAACUCUUGAUAAAUGUAAAAAAUGGCUACAGGAGAAGCAACCUGAAAUGUUUGACAAACUAUAUUCUGAACGUGCUUAUCCUGAAAUGAGCGAACAGUUGGCUAAAACAUCAUUGGAAGAUCAAAAACCGAAUAAUGAUGCAGAAGAUAAAAAGAAAGCUAAAGAAGCAGCAAAAAUAGAAAGAGAAUUGCAAAAAAAGAUGUCAUCUAAAGUAAUUAUUACGCGUAUUGCACGAAACAAACGGAAAUGUGUCACAAACGUGUUUGGUUUGGAAAAUUUUGAUAUUGAUUUGAAAAAAGCAGCUAAAUCAUUUGCAACAAAGUUCGCUUGUGGUUCAUCAGUUGUUAAGAAUAAUCAAGGAAAUGAUGAAAUUGUAGUGCAAGGAGAUGUUUCAGAUGAUUUAUUUGAUUUUAUAUUAGAGACAUGGCCAGAUGUAUGUAUUAAAAAUUUUGCUUUUAAUGUUGGAGUGCCGGAGGAUAAUAUUGAACUCACUGAAGAAAAAAAGCCAAAGAAAGGAUAG